UUCCGAGAGAAUUGUUUAUAUUUACACAAAACAACGUGGGAUAAACCCGAAGUAAUAAUGAUUUCACCGGCAUUCAGAGAGCAAUUACUGACGCAUGGGCGAGUCAAUGGUUUCGUCACGCAAGGUCGAGGACUAUCAGAUGGGAAAGGGGAUUUUUUUUUUUCUUAAUUCCGAUCACGUGGGAUGUGCCUUACGAAUUCCGACUUUCAUCAUUUAACGACGAAGAUUUCCUUGAAUCAUUUGGGCUUGACGAAUUUCCAUCCAAAAUUUCUCUGAGCUGACUAGACAAAUUAAUAAUAACAAAUUAAAUAAUGAAUGAUCGAAAAAAUUUUCGAAUUCUCCCGAACACUUGAAUUUCCGUCACUAUUUUUCUCGUGUAUCCAAUUCACGUCGCCCUCACGAUAAUUACUCCUAUAUUUGACUUAAAAUUUUGAAAAUAUGAUUAUCCACUUGUUUUAUUCAUCGACGCAUGCGUGAACCCACGUUUUUAGUAACAACCCAUCACCCCUAACAUAUUCUUAAAACACAGCCGUCAGUUUAGUUGUGAUGGCAACCACCAACGUGACAACACGUAUUGCAAAAUCACUUCCACCAUUUUCCCCCAAUGAAAUUACAUUAAUUCCCUGAUUAAAUUCAGCGAAAUUAUUUUAAAAUCGAGCCACAUGCAAGUGACAGCCGAGCAUUCAUUAUCCAUCCAGCCAACCGUUAAAAUAAACCAUGAUCAACACGUUAUAAUGAUUAAAAAUCCAUGGUUGCCAAUAAUGACUGCUGCGAUAAACCGCAAACUCCCUCACACUAAUAAUCAAUUAAAAAUAUCAUUCCCACCAGUGUAGAAUUAAAAAAAAAACGAGUAGAUGACAAGAUCGAGAGGUGUUUCUGUGAACAUUGAAACCCCGUGGGCAGCUCAAGGACUUACUUCAGCGACUAAUCUUGCGAAUAUGGCGAGAUUUCAACAGCGUCAAUUAAUGGAGAAGGAGCAAAAAUUACUUCAACUUUAUGAUCAACAACAGCAGAGAGCUCAUCAGGUAGCUCAACGGGGUAGUGCAGGAUCGAAUACCUCAAAUGGAUCGGGUUCCGGUACCAAUACCCAGACUGUAACCAGAACCACAACUACAAGUCAUUCUAAUUCCCAAGGUGGAAAGGUAAGACAAAUGUUCGACGAGAGACGACAGACAACGGUGAAGGGAAUCGAUAGGAGCUAUCCCCUGGAGCCCCUUGAAAAUAAACCACGAAAAACCACUGGCCCAGGGGCUCAGAAAAACGGCAAUACAGUAUCCAGCAGACACUCGGUCACUGUUAAACGUACGAUACGUGCCGAUGCCAAUGGCAAUGUCAAUAAUGGAAAGCCUGUUAUCAAUUAUCAUGAGGCAGUGACGCGCGACACAUUUGGCCCAAAAAUUGUUCACCGAGAGGACGAUCUGGACGAAUUUUAUAAUGAAAAUGAUUUAUCUGAGUGGAACAGUACCAAUCAGGAGCCACACACAUACGGAAUCAGUGGAAAUGAUCGGGCGAGACCAGCCGAACGGACCAAAUUUGGAAUCACAAAAAAAGAAACCUCACUUAAGAAGAAAAAUGAAACAGCCCCAAGAAAACAGGAAUCGAGGACCUACCGAAAUAUGAUAAAAAUUCAACUCGGGAGAGAGUCACCCGAAUGGAGAAGAGCAUCAAGAGAGUCUCUCCGGGGAACAAGUAAAAGUCCAGAGCGAAAUGGCCAAUCGGGGGUCAGAGGUGUCGUCGAGAUGCAAAAUUCCAUUUCCACGGGUAACUGCAAAAUCAAUGAGAAUAAAAGAAAUAUUUCCAUUUCUUCUGUGGGGAGUUGUAGAAAUCGUAGCGCGCAAGGAAUUUUUAACAAAUCACGAAGUGCGAGAGGCUCGAGAACUUCAACCCGAGAGGACACUCCAAGUCCCCAAGAGAAAUCUAAAAUUACGGAGGUCAAAGGAGGUAGCGUACCACGAAGAGAGUGGAAUUGGGAGGCAUUGGAGAAUGUUAAGGAGGCUGGGGCUUCCCCUCGAGGCCAGAGUCCGAUUUUUCGAGUGGUAUCGAAAGGUGAUGAUAUUGAAUGUGAAUCAAUUAAUCGAAGCAAAAGUUCCAAGUUCGACUCAUUGAAAAAUUCAGACAAAUCUCGUUCAUCAAGUCCUAAUUUGAGGAGUGACUCGGAAUUCCGUUGCUAUCCGCGUCGAAAGUCUGAAUUUGAAAAAUCAAGAAUCUUCCGAAAGCUUCAGAAGGAGCUCGACCAAGAGUCCCCGGAGGAUUCGGAGAAAUUCCCAAACGGAGAUGAUGCACCCCUCAGGAAAGACAAAAGUCCGAGCCCCGCGAAAUACAAUGAGUCCUUUUUCCGGAUCAAAGAAUAUCCACGGAGAACUUCAGAAUUUGAGAAAUCAGAUACAUUCGUUAAACUUCGGAAUACUUUCCACACUGACGAAGUCAGAGGACGAAGGAGCAGUGGGAGAAGUGCAACUCCUCCAGUAGUAGUUAAAUCUUCGUACGAGAAAAUCAUAGAUUCACCAUCGAAAAGGAGAAACUCGAGGACAACUUUUCAUAAACUGCAGGAGGUUCUCGACAGGAGUUCGCCGGAUGACAGGUCCUCGCCAAUAUUCAGAGGAAUCCGCGAUGAAUUUCCAAAAGGAAAGAAAUCGGAGUCUGAAAAAUCGAGAAUUUUUAGAAAACUGCAGAUGGAGCUGUCAAGUUCACCCGAGCCCGCUGAAACUUCUAGUCCCUCGCCAACGAGGGUUUCUUUGAAGAACGACGAGCUCGAGAUAUCGAAUGAUUUCAAUGCACCUCGAGCAUCCUUCGAGCAGCUGAAAUCGGUCCAACUUUUGAAGGAUCAUUUACUUCUCACCGAGAAGAAAAAUCAAUCCAAUCGAAAAUUAUCCCUCGAUGACAUCAAUGAAGAUCUGCUCCCGAAAAAAUAUCAGGAAGGCACUCCACACAGAGUAAUAAAAAAAGAGAGGCCUCGCUCACCUCCGCCACAACUCGAAAAAUUAAACAGCACUCACAAGAUUACGAGAGUCUCAAAAAGCGCACGUUCGUCAUCUCCGCGCAGCGAGGCAAGAGCUUUUCAGGAAAAAUCAUUCUCAGCUGCCUCAAUCAACGAGUGCUCACCAAUAGCCUCUCCAAUUUUAACUGGUGACUUCAAAAAUCCUGAGAACACCUACCAACGGAGCGAUUCCGUGGAGUCCGCCCUUCGGACCUUCACCCAAAUCGAUAAUAUCGUGGAAACGCGUGGAAAAUCAAGAAAAUUGACUUCCGACUCGCGGAGAUCUAGUCUUCACGCGGCAACAGCUUCCUGGGCGAUGAAAACGAAAUCGACUAAUCAACAUAUUCAUGAGAAUGUUUCGACACCUCGAAAAACCCUAAAACUCUCCGGUAAAACGAAAAUGAAGAGCUUGAAGGCAUCCAAAGGGGAAAAAGUUGCGAAAAAAUUAGAAAGAUCUCCAUCGCCGUCUUGUAAAAAACAAUUAUUCACGGAUUCUGAAUCAGAUGUCGCUUCUGAGGGAACUAGAAGCAGUGGAAAGACAAUUACUAUCGAGAAUACAUCGGAUAUGGGAAAAUGUUGGCCUGUGAGUGGUGCAGCUCAACAGCCGUUAAAAAUAUUGAGAUCAAUCGAGGACAUUCGUAAUUCGAUGACUCGGGACAACUCCGGGGGAAAGCCAAUCGAUGAAUCAACUAAUUUAAUUAGUCCGAAUGUUACAAUUAGAAUUAUUUCUCCGACCACAGCUCGACGUACUGGAUAUAUUAAUCAGUUCGUUGAGCUCGGUGCCCGUAAAGCCCGGGUUUUCUCAGAGAUAAACGUCAAACCUGCCCGUAGGAUUGACAAAACUCCGAGUCCAGAUAAUCCGAGGAUUACUUCUAAUGAGACGAAAAGUGUCAGUAGAAACAAUUCGGAUGUUACUUCAAGGCCGACGUCUAGAGGCUCCAAUCGAGAAAAGCAAUUGGAAAAUCCUCGGUCUUUCGAUGUUGUGGACUUUAACGAAGAGCAGACGAGACAAAAUCCUAGUGAGAGAACAUCUCUGAGAAAAAACUCAGCGUUUGUGGUUGAAUUGGAGGGUGAACCGCGUUCUAAAUCCAUUUUGAGUGUAAAAAAAUCAUCGAAUGACAGGCAAUCACCAGAAAAAACAUCCCAGUCGAGGCAAAGAGUAUCAAAUAAUCGGCCAGCUUCGGCAAUAUCGACAAACUCGAGCUCAAGCUCGAAUCAAGGAGCGAAUUCUCCUGCCUCGAAAAGCAAAAUGGCUACGAAAACACGAGGAGUUAAUUCCGGUAAUCGUACACCGAGUGCGAGAUCUAACAUCCUAGCUACGGAUUCUCGAUUGCCAGCGUGCAAAAUUUGUGGGAGGAGUUUUGCCUCAGAUCGUCUGUCGUUCCAUGAACAAAUAUGCAUUAAAACUACUCAGAAAAAAAGAAAAACUUUCGAUCCUGUUGUGCAGAGAGUCAAGGGGACGGAGUUAGAGCCUUUCGUUAAAAAAAUGGGGAAGAAGGGAAUUGAUAAAAAAACCAAAAAAUCAGAGGUGAAAUCAAAUUGGCGUCGUAAACACGAGGACUUCAUAAACGCAAUAAGAUCGGCGAAGCAGAUGCAAGCUCACUUGGCAGCGGGUGGUAAAUUGAGUGACUUACCACCCCCACCUGCAAGUGAUACAAGCGAUUACAUCCAGUGUCCACACUGCGGUAGAAAAUUUAAUCAAGGUGCUGCUGAACGUCACAUACCAAAGUGCGAGCACAUGCUGCACAAUAAACCGAAUCCACGUGCCCCCCCUAAGCCCAGACGUUGACCCACAGGAAAUACCAGUAAUAAAGAAUAAUUCGGGGUGACGAAACAAUUUAAUGUGCACUAAUAGAUUACUCUAGUUGGAGCGAUAACUUUCGUUGAUUAUUUUUCUUGUAACUCUUGCCCAAUAACUCCAUGGAAAUUGACAGAUAUUGCGAAAAAAAAAUUUUACGUUAACUCAUGGCGCUAAUGUACUAAUGUAAAUAAAAAAUGGGAACAAUAAAUUGAGAUAAGAAAUUAUGAAA